AUGAUAACUGAUGAACAAUUGAAUACCAUUGCAUUGACAUUUGGUUUUGCUUCAAUAAUAUUAAUCAUAAUAUAUCAUGCCAUAUCUACUAAUGUACAUAAAUUAGAAGAUGAAACUCCAUCAUCUUCAUUUACCAGAACAAAUACUACUGAAACUACUGUUGCAAGUAAGAAAAAGAAGUAA